CUUAUUGGGUCUCUUUAUUGGGUCUCUUGUUGUCCUUUUCUUCCAUCUCUCUCGUUUAUGAAUCGAUUUUGUUCCUUGCAAUGCGUCAAAACCCCCCAUUUUCCUUUCAUUCAAAUCUCACUUCUUUGACUCGGUCUCUCUCUCUCUCUCUCUCUCUCUUCAGGUCCCUUGCUUCGAUUCUUCUCCUAACAGGGCGGUGGCGAAGAAUGUAAGCAGGGAGAAGAGGAGAAGUUUUGCCGUCCUUCCUUCUGAUUUGGGGCUGGCUUGGAUGUUGGGGUUUCGUUGUGGAUUCGAAUUCACCACCACACCCACAUCCACAUGCAUGUUCUGGGGUUUGUCUGAUCUGGGAUUGGAUCACAAGGAUCCCCUUCCUCUUCUCCUCCUCCCUUUCAGAGGGAAGAGAGAGGAACAGAGAGAAAGUGGGCUCCUCUCGUUACACAAGGAGCAGGUGGAAGGUGGGUCUUCUCUUCUUUCCAAUUGGGGUCUGCUCUGCUUCGUAUGCGAAAGCUGUCUUCUUGGAGUAUAUGAAGUAGUGGGCAUCUCACAAUUCGAAUUGGCUUGAACCAAGAAAGAGUCGCUGAAUCUGAAAUUGCCAGUAGAUUGUUGCGAGAGCUGUUCCAUUUGAGGAUAUUAUGGCAGGGAUUGAUGUUACUAAAUUCGCUCACAGCCCCGUCCAUAGUGCGAUUGCCACCAGGGAUUAUGCUGGCCUAAGAAAGAUCCUUGGGGCCCUCCCUCGGCUUUGUAACCCCACCGAGAUUCGCUCUGAGGCCGCAUCACACGCAGAGGAGGAGAAAGCUGAUGCCAUCUCCGCUGUGAUUGAUCGCAGGGAUGUUCUGAAUCGGGAUACUCCCCUCCACUUGGCUGUGAAACUCAGGGAUGAAACUGCCACUGAGAUGCUAAUGGUGGCUGGGGCAGACUGGAGCUUGCAAAAUGAGCAGGGGUGGAGUGCUCUUCAAGAAGCCAUAUGUAAUCGCGAAGAGAACAUUGCAAUGAUCAUAGUUCGCCAUUAUCAACCACUAGCAUGGGCCAAGUGGUGCCGGAGGUUGCCUCGUUUGAUUGCUACAAUGCGUAGGAUGCGGGACUUUUACAUGGAAAUUACAUUCCACUUCGAGAGCUCAGUCAUUCCAUUCAUCUCUAGGAUCGCCCCCUCGGACACUUACAAGAUUUGGAAGCGGGGAGCUAAUCUACGGGCAGAUAUGACUUUGGCUGGUUUUGAUGGGUUUAGGAUACAACGGGCUGAUCAGAGUAUACUUUUCUUAGGAGAUGGGUCUGAGGAUGGCCGGAUCCCGCCUGGUUCAUUGUGUAUGGUCUCACACAAGGACAAGGAAGUGAUGAAUGCCUUGGAUGGUGCAGGGUCUCCGGCAACUGAGGAAGAGGUUCGACAGGAGGUAGCUGCGAUGUCCCAGACAAAUAUCUUUAGGCCUGGAAUUGAUGUCACACAGGCAGUUUUAUUGCCACAGCUGACGUGGCGCCGCCAGGAGAGAACUGAGAUGGUGGGUCUAUGGAAGGCCAAGGUGUAUGAUAUGCACAAUGUGGUCGUUAGCAUAAAGUCAAGGCGGGUCCCAGGUGCAAUGACCGAUGAUGAGUUCUUCUCAUCUUGCAAUGAGAACGAGACAGAGGGUGAGGAGCUUGAUGAGAUUCUAACCGACGAGGAGAGGAAACAGCUUGAGGCUGCACUUUUGGAUUCAGCGGAAGAGAAUGGUGACGGUAUGAUUGGGCAUCGGCAUAGUUGUUAUGAGCAUCGGGAUAUUCCGAUUGAGGAUAUGAAUGGUUGUGUAAAUGUAGAUAUAAAGCAGGAGAAAAAAGGAUGGUUUUCAGGAUGGAGAAAGCGGGAACCUAAGGAAGUACAGAAGAAAAUUGCUCCUUCAAGGAGUUCUCUUUGUGUCGAGGAUAAGGUCAGCAAUUUGCUUGAAGAUUCACCUUCGAGGAGUCAGAGCAAGCCUGGGAGGCAUUCUGUGGAGAUUGUUAUGAGGGGAAGGGAUAGUAAACCAUCUUCUUCUUCAUCUUCUUCUGCAAUUUAUGAGAAUGGUCAUAGACGGAAGGACGUAGCACGGGAGAAUGAAUAUAAAAAGGGUUUAAGGCCUAUCCUUUGGCUUUCUCCCAAUUUUCCCCUUCAGACUGAAGAGCUCCUGCCUUUGCUCGACAUUCUUGCAAACAAGGUCAAGGCAAUCCGCCGGUUGAGAGAAUUGCUCACAACAAAGCUUCCAAUGGGGACUUUUCCAGUCAAGGUCGCUAUCCCAGUAGUCCCCACCAUCAGGGUGUUAGCAACUUUCACAAAGUUCGAAGAGCUGCAUCCGUUGGAUGAGUUCUCGACGCCCCCCUCAAGCCCCACGGGCCGAGAGAGCCCAGCAGUGGCCCCACAGUCGUCGAGCUCAUCUUGGUUCCAGUGGAUCAAGGCCCCGUACAAUGGUCGCACAUCCUCUUCCUUGGGCUGCUCCAGCAGUCAGAUUGACAACAUCCAAGACCCGUUUGUGAUACCCUCCGACUACACAUGGGUCACUGCAGAAGCAAAGAAGAAGAAGAUGCAGGAUAAGAACAAGUCGAAGAAAAGGUAAGAAGUCUGAGUCGUUGAGUCAUCGAUGAAUAGAUAAGAGUAAAAAGUCGGGGGGGAGGGGGGGCGGGGGGCGCCGUCGCUGGUGGUUGUAUUAAUAUUCCGUGAAGUGUUGUUAUUAGGGUUCAAGUUCAUGACAUACUGAAAAGAAGAAAGGGGAGAGCAAAGGAAUUGGUGUUUUCUGUAAAGAUUUGUUGGCUGGUUGAUCUACCGUCGUUAUUGUUGUAAACUUCUGGGAUCAGGAAAAAAAGAAAAAGAAAAUAGAAACAUUUAUUAGUGAUUCUUCUAAACUAUAUUUUCCCUCUUCGUUGGGUUUUGUCUCUUAA